GUUACGAGGCAUGCGUUUCAUAGAAACAAAAUGGCGGCUUCAAUAACACAACAAGCAGACGAGACAUGACGUUUGGACGGAAAGGGCUGCAUUUAUGAGAUACAAGUGGAUUUAUUUCGCAGGGUACAUGAUCAACAGAUAACUUUGGACAAGGGACAAUAUUGUUUCGUCUAUGCCAUCGUGGUAUUGAUUCACCUGUCUCCUGUUUCUUCGUCGACAGGCCAAAUGUCGUCUGUUCUUGGAAUUCUUCUCAUCUUUCUUUAUGUUCCUGCAGCGCUCGGUCAGGAUCUUGUGCUGUCAUGCCCAAAUGCUAUCAUUACGCUCUCUGGUCUUUCUAAAACACGGGACUGGACCGAGAUCUACGCCAACUGCUAUGUCGUAGUGCCGGACUCCUCGUUGUCGUGGACGCAGGCCCUAGCCACGUGCAGCAGAUUUGGCGGGAGGUUGGCAGAGCCCGUCGGAUAUGACGUCACUGAACAAAUUGGAAACCUUUUAAAGAGUGAUGCUGCCACAACGAAACGGGUUUGGACAGGUUACAAUCGACGAGGUCAUUCUACUGUCACCGACACCAUCGGGUACUGGAGCGACGGUCGAGCAACCACCGUGGACGUCGGGGUCUGGGGGGUGUUCGAGCCCAAGGUGAUGUCGGGGGACUGCGCGUAUCUGCAGCAGAAGGACGGAUCGUGGAAGAUGUAUAUGGGGCAGUGCGACACGUUGAUGCCUUUUAUGUGCCAGGCGCUCCCCUGUCCGUCAGGAACAUUCCGCUGUGAUUCUGGAAAGUGUAUUGGCAGUGAAAACAUGUGCAACGGUGAAAACAACUGUGGGGACUUCUCUGACGAGAGAAACUGCAAUUCCAAGUGUUCCUACUACCUGACUGGCCGCGAGGGAGUGGUGACAUAUCCCAGCGGUGAUGGCAACUAUCAGCAGAAGACCACCUGUCAGUGGGCCAUAGAGGGAGCCAUUGGUUCCAGGCUUCAGAUUUCGUUUUUAAGCCUGGCAACUGAGAAAGGCCUGGACUUCGUGGAGGUGUGGGUGGGAGGGAGAACCAUAGCAACAAGCACCUUGCUUCACCGUCUCUCUGGCACCACCAUCAACAGUGGCAGUCGCUACAUCAUCAGUCCCAACAACAACGUCAUCGUCCGAUUUAUCUCUGAUUUCUCUGACCAGUUUGGAGGAUUUAGCUUUCGCUGGAACUCAGGUAAAGAUGAUAAUUGUGACAUCAGUUUGUAA